AUGAAGACAGAUGGAAUGGCAGAUCCUGCUAGUUAUGUCUAUCAUGAGCGUGACAUCGACCAGGCACUUAUCGUUUUGAAAAAGGGAACUCAAUUAGUCAAGUACAGUCGAAAAGGGAAACCUAAGUUCCGUGCAUUCAGGCUAUCUCCGGAUGAAAAAACGUUGAUUUGGUUUUCGCAUGGAGAAGAAAAAGGUUUGAAGUUAGCUGAAGUUUCUAGAAUAGUCCCUGGACAAAGAACUCCUGUUUUUAAGAGAUUUUUACGUCCAGAGAAAGACCACUUAUCAUUUUCACUUUUAUUCAAUAACAGAGAAAGGUCACUUGAUUUGAUUUGUAAAGACAAAGCUGAGACUGAGAUUUGGUUUGCUGGCCUUAAGUAUUUAAUCGAAAGAAGUCGUAAUAGACGUGCAAGAAGUGAGAUACCUGAGAUAAACGACAGUGACUACUUCUCCGCUGGUCGUCAAUCAAUAGACGUUUUUCCAAGCAAUAUACCACGAGGUAGAACAUCAAUUGAUCUAGGCUCAGAUGUUGGAUAUGAACGUGGAAACAUGUUAAGACCAAGUACUGAUGGUUUUCGGAUUAGUGUCUCAAGCACACCAAGUUGUUCAAGUGGAGGUUCUGGUCCAGAUGAUAUCGAAUCAUUAGGUGAUGUGUACGUUUGGGGUGAAGUUUGGAGCGAUGGGAUACUACCAGAUGGGACAGUUGCAAAAGAGACGGUGAAAACAGAUGUCUUAACUCCAAGACCCUUGGAAUCAAACGUUGUUCUUGAUGUUCACCAGAUUGUUUGCGGUGUAAGACACGUCGCGCUUGUGACAAGACAAGGAGAAGUGUUUACUUGGGGAGAAGAAGCUGGAGGUAGGCUUGGACAUGGUAUUCAAGUAGACAUUAGUCGUCCGAAACUAGUCGAGUUUCUUGCUCUAACCAACAUAGACUUCGUUGCUUGUGGAGAAUACCACACUUGUGUUGUAUCAACCUCCGGAGACUUGUUUUCAUGGGGAGAUGGAAUCCACAAUGUUGGGCUUUUAGGACAUGGUAGUGAUAUUAGCCACUGGAUACCAAAAAGAGUCUCUGGUCCUUUAGAAGGUCUUCAGGUGCUUUCUGUCGCGUGUGGCACUUGGCAUUCAGCUUUGGCCACUGCAAACGGGAAGCUAUUCACGUUUGGUGAUGGUGCGUUUGGCGUUUUAGGACACGGAAACAGAGAGAGUGUUUCGUGUCCUAAGGAAGUAGAGUCUUUAAACGGUUUGAAAACGGUAAAAGUUGCUUGUAACAUUUGGCAUACCGUGGCCAUAGUCGAGGUUAUGGGACAGACCGGUACGAGUAUGUCAUCUAGGAAGUUGUUUACUUGGGGCGAUGGUGACAAAAAUAGGUUAGGGCAUGGGAACAAAGAGACUUACUUGCUACCCACGUGUGUCUCUGCACUUAUUGACUACAAUUUUCAUCAGAUCGCAUGUGGGCAUACAUUUACCGUCGCACUCACAACCUCAGGACACGUUUUCACAAUGGGUGGGACUUCACAUGGUCAGCUAGGUAACUCAAUCUCUGAUGGUAAGUUACCUUGCUUGGUGCAAGAUCGAUUAGUGGGAGAGUUUGUGGAAGAAAUAGCUUGUGGGGAUCACCAUGUGGCGGUUUUGACAUCAAGAAGUGAAGUAUUCACAUGGGGGAAAGGUGCUAAUGGAAGAUUAGGACAUGGUGAUACAGAUGAUAGAAGAACACCAACUUUAGUUGAAGCUUUGAGAGACAGGCAUGUUAAAAGCUUAUCUUGCGGCUCAAACUUCACAUCAAGUAUAUGCAUUCAUAAAUGGGUAUCCGGAGCAGAUCAGUCAAUCUGCUCCGGAUGUCGCCAAGCUUUCGGGUUUACCCGAAAGCGACAUAACUGUUAUAACUGUGGUUUAGUCCAUUGUCAUGCUUGUAGUUCAAAGAAGGCUUUGAAAGCAGCAUUGGCUCCAACACCCGGUAAACCACACCGUGUGUGCGAUGCGUGUUACAGCAAACUUAAAGCCGCUGAAUCUGGCUAUGUAUCUAAUGGAAAUAGAACUACCGUUACAACCCCUGGACGAUCAAUGGAUGGUUCGGUAAGAAUAGAUAAAGGAACAACAAGGUCAUCUAAAGUUCUCUUGUCGGGAAUUACAGAAUCAGGCAGGACUUCAAGGCUUGGAGUUAGACCUGAUGCUUCUUCUAGUGUCCGUGCCUCGCAAGUUCCUUCUCUCCAACAACUUAAAGACAUUGCAUUCCCGGCAUCACUAACCGCGAUCCAGAACGCUUUAAAACCUGUUGCUCCUACUGCUGUUCCAGCUCGUUUACUUGUUGGACCUAUGGCAUCUCCUCCACCUGCAAGAUCCUCAUCGCCUUUACCUGCAAGAUCUUCCUCUCCUUACGCAAGAAGAUCGAGCCCUCCACGGACUUCUGGAUUUUCCAGGAGUGUUAUUGAUAGUUUAAAGAAGACUAACGAAGUUAUGAACCAAGAAAUGACAAAACUACAGAGUCAGGUUAAGAAUUUGAAACAGAAAUGUAAUAAUCAAGGAACAGAGAUCCAAAGAUUCCAAAAAGCAGCUAAAGAAGCUUUUGAAUUAGCUGCUAAGCAAUCUUCUAAACAUAAAUCAGCAACAGAAGCCCUAAAAACUGUGGCAGAACAGUUGAAAGGGUUGAAGGAGAAAUUACCACCCGAAGUAUCAGAGAGUGAGGCUUUUGAGUCCAUUAACUCUCAGGCUGAAGCUUAUCUAAACGCAAACGAAGUAACAGAAACAUCUGUACUUACAACUUCGAUACUUGAUCAACAAGAAACAUCUCCUACUGGAAACACACAAGAUCAAAAGAUUGAUGAACAAGUAUCAUCUAACUCAAGUAUAUCCGAGACAUCAAAGCCAGUGCCGACCGAAUCUUCUUCAUCAUCAUCAUCAAGAACAGGUGGAAAAGAAAGUAAAGAACAGUUUGAACCUGGUGUUUAUGUGACUUUUGCGGUAGAUACGAAUGGUAACAAGAUCUUCCGACGAGUUAGAUUCAGUAAAAAGAGAUUUGACGAACAUCAAGCAGAAGAUUGGUGGACUAAAAACAAAGAUAGGUUGCUAAAAUGGUAUAGUCCAAAUUCAUCAUCGAGUCCAAUGGCUUCUGAUUCAUCUAUUGCUCCUCCACCACGAUCUGAGAAUGAACCACCGUCCGAUUCAUCAGUCCCUGAGAAGGACAAUGAGGCAGAACCAGAUUCUGAAGUAUAACCAUGUGUGUUAGUUAUAAGAUUGUUUUUUUG